UUCAUAAUAUUGGGUCGGUGUGGUUUUGCGCUGCGGAGUCACCGGAACCGUAACGUAGGGCGCAUCCCAGUUUCGCUGCAUUAAAGCCUACAAGCGCGAUGUGAAUCGUUCUAGCUGUGUGUGUGUGUGUGUGCGUGAAGAAGAACAAAAAAAAUAGAAGAAAAACAGUAACUACAAUUGUUUAGUCAGCAUAAACCUCCGAAAGCAAUCAUUGAAAGCUGCCAAAUUCAUCCGCUGAAGUGUCAGUGCCAAGUGAGUCGAUAAUAAACGGUUCGUAACGUUCGUUGAGUGUGAUUUUUGCUGUGUGUCUGUGUCGUGUUGUGCCAAAGCAAAUCAAACUCCUCCAGCUACUACUGUACAAUGGACGAAAAACAAACAAUUGAAGUGUAAACUAUUCCACGCUGCAUCCAUGACUACGGCCGAACGGAGUGCCGUGGAACAGUAGCAGUUGCAGUUGGUUUGCUCCAGCCCAGGGCCAGCUUUAAACGGUGACCCCCAGGCAAGCGACUUCGGGUGUGUAGGCGUGUCCAGGGCCGUUCCGGUGCGGGUUUUUCGCCUGGUUUCGGAUUUCGUGUAGUUCGGCAAACUCUGGACCAAGCGGAUUGAAAGCGUCCUCGAAACCUCCGAAACCGUGGUUCGCUGAACCGGAAAGCGUACAAAUUGGGGCCAUCCAGCAAACCAACCCAGUCCAUGCAAAGACCCAAACGAACGAACAAACCGAACCGAACCGAACGGGGACAGUGAUUUGUCGGCGUGGGCAGAGUGUGUCGAAAAUACCUUCUUUAUCAUUCCGGAAGUGUGUCCACCCUUGGUUUGUUUGUGUAGUAUGGAAAAGCAGAGGGGGGAGUAGCGGAUAGUUACGGGAGUGAACCACCCAAUCGAAAGGGAGUGGCUCAAUUGGGUGAGCGCCUAAAGUUCGCCAGAACUCUUCCGGUUUGAGGCAAGGUGAAGGCAAGCAACGAAAGCAUGCUGAUUGCGGGCACUGUUUCUGAAUGACCAUCCAAAGUUCCGGGCUGACGGACUGACAAUCAAGGGCGAAAAAGAUAAGAACUAAUGCGACGUGCGGGUGCUACUACCAGGGAGCGGAGAGCUACUUAAAGUCACCUCAGAGACGCGAGAGAGAGAUAGUGAAAGAGAGAGAGAGGGCAUAAAAGCGAAGGAGCAGCAUCAGCAGUAGUAGCAGCAUCAGUAGCAUCAGGAAGAAAGAGAAUACCAAUCUAUAGCUCUGGAUCUUCUUUAAUCUUCAAAAUGACUCUCAUCUUGUCUUGGAUCUUCAUACUUGGACUGAUUGUUCCGGAUCUGUCUUCAAGCUUGCUGCACUGUCCUCAUCGCUGCCAUUGCGAUGAUGAAAAGCUGGACGUCAACUGUGAGGAAGGUCAUCUGGAUGUGCUGCCCAUCGCGCUGAACCCUUCCAUCCAGCGGUUGGUGAUCAAGAACAACAAGAUACGAAUAAUUGACUCGUCGAUACAGUUCUACUCCGAGCUGACGCUGCUCGAUCUCAGCUUCAACUAUCUGUUCAACAUUCCCGACCGUACGUUCGGCCACCAGCGGAAGCUACAGCAGUUGCAUCUGAAUCACAACAAGAUCAGCACUAUCUCGAACCGCACGUUUGUUGGGCUGGGUGAGCUGCUGGUCCUAAACCUGCGCGGUAAUCUGAUCGAUCAGAUCGACGCCCUAACCUUCACACCGCUUGCCAAGCUGGAGGAGUUGAACCUCGGUCAGAACAGGAUCGCAAGUGUCGGUUUGUCGGUGAGUUCGUUUGUGGGAAUCGGUGAUCUGAAGAUUCUGUUGCUGGAUGACAAUCUGCUGAGUGUGAUCCCUUCGGCGGAGACCUUCAAACCGAUCGACAAGCUGGCAGAGCUGUACAUUGGCACCAACUCGCUGGUGACCAUCGAGGAUGGUGCGUUUCAAGUGCUCUCGGAGCUGACACUGCUGGACCUGCGAAGCAGUCUACUGCCGAACGUAUCGGAAGGCACAUUUGCUGGGAUAGAGAACCUGAAGACACUCAACCUUGCCGAUAAUCGGUUCGUGCGCGUUCCUUCGUCCACACUUGCUGUGUUGCAUCGUCUAGAGGAGUUGGCCAUUGGACAGAACCACUUUGAGACGGUGCCGGCCCAUGCAUUCCGUGGUCUUCCGAAUCUGAAGCGCUUCGAGCUGAAGGGCUCACUGUACUUGCGCCGGAUCGAGCGUGCCGCUUUCCAGACAAACACAAACCUUGAAUCGAUUGUGAUUGAAUCGAACAAAGCGCUCACCGUGCUGGAGGAGGCCACCUUUGCCGGACUGCUCUACCUGAAGCAUCUCAGCCUGCGCAACAAUGGGCUGGAGCGGCUCGACGAAGGGAUGCUUUCGUGGAACAGUUUGCGCACGGUCGACAUCUCGGACAAUCCGAUCAACUGCGACUGUUACUACUCGAAGUUGCUGCAGCGGUUACAGUCGGCAGCGCGGGUCAGCUACAAUGCUACCGGGUGUCCGCACCAUCUGCCCGACCAGUGGGAGUGUGAGUACGCGCUGGAGAAGAACAAAAACCUGAUCUCCGUGGUGGUCCCGUUGGUGGCGAUCGUUACUGCGAUUGCGCUGGCAUUCUAUCGCUUUCGGGGCCUGUUGCGGGAGUACCUGAAGAAUGGGUGCAAAAGCAAGGCGGCAGCUAGUGUAACGCCGGCCGGUCCGCCAGGACUGCCGGUGCUUCCACCGAUCGGGCGUACGGAGCUAUCGACGGUGGUGGACUACGAUAAACCGCUCACCGACGACGACUACGUUAUACGGACGGGCAAUCUGUACCAUGGCGGUGCAGGGCAGCCGAUGCUGAACGGGGGCUACCCGCUGUACCUGCAGCAGAACCCAAGCGUCUACUACAACAAGCCACUACCGAUUACGGAGUUAUAGUAUUGAAGGUUGGAGGAAUGCGACGCUAGCGUGUAAGUUGGUUCUCGCUUUCGGAAUCUAACUGACUACUUUAAGAUAAGGUUCUACGUGCAGGUUUAAUUUAUUUAAGUUUGGAGAGUUACAAGUCUUUUGUUUGAUGUGUUAAGCAAGCAGUCCACAUUAUAUUACCAUACAAUUACAUUCCAAAAGAAUUGCGCACCUUUCGCAAAACAUUCCAGCAUGAGACGUUCGGUGCGCAGGCGGAUCUGAUUUAGCCUCUAAGUUGAUUGUGAUGUUUUUGCCCCUUUUCUUCAAAUAAUCAUGUAUAUUUACAAUAAGGUUUGCUGUAUGAUAUAAUGCUUGAGCUACUCUUUUUUGAUAACAAAACACUCUUACUCUUGUCGAUACGUGAUGUACAAUAUUGUCUAUGAUCGAGAGAUCCGUUUUAGUCGAGAGUUGUUUUUCCAUCGAGUAAUCUGUAAAAUUAAGUGUAUUAGUAUAGUUUAACAUCUUUCGAACUUUGAACAACUUCGAACAUCAAAAGGUCUUGUUGCCUUGACUGGAGGAUAAAAGCGAGGGCCAUCAGUACUUUGAGACUAACUAGACGAACUGGCUUGCUGAUGGAGGAGGGUAGAGAAUAAUCGAUAGUAUUUCCUCUACUACUAAGCAUCACUAUCUGUAAUGUACGCCAACGAAAAUUAACUUCCCAUAAUAUAAAAAAUGAAAACCAGCACAGCAAUAAUGAAACGGUUCAAAACAAGUCUCCUUUACGGUAGGAAGGACAAUAGGGCAUACAGUUUAGCUCUACAAAACUUAGAACUGAAUGUCAGAUAACAAAUUACAAAAGAUAUAACGCCACAACACAUUAUCACUGCAUCUGCACUACAUCUCAUUACAUCUCUAUCCUGUGCGCUCUUGAAGCACUUAAUACUCUUAGCGUCAAAUAAAUAAAGCAUAAUUCCACAUACACAAGAUACAACGCAAAAAGAUGUGAAAACAAACCCGGACUAAACUUUGAACUCGCCUAGCCUUCCCUCUAAGCUCCGAAUUUCAAUUUGAUCAAAGUUAAUUGCUUUUUUGUUUCGCUUGGCAAGAAGAGAAGAAGUAGAAUCCUCGAAAAUAGUUCCAACUUUUUGGCGCCGUAUCAUUUCCACCUGGAACAUUGCGCACUCACCAGCACAUACGGGCCCAGGGACACACGGUACGUGCGGUCAUCCCGUUUGCCGUGUAGGGUAAUUGUAAUUAUAAUGUGUUGAAGUGUAACGAGCAAAGCAGCAGCGAAGUGAACCAACCCAAGGAACCAACAAAAAAAAAGGGCCAAAAAAGGUUAGUGCAAACAGGUCCUUGCCAUUGUUGUAUUUCCUUGCGCGCUGCGUACGCCGGAUACACGUAGAUAAAGUGGUUGGAAUUUAAUCCCGUUUUUGUGCACUAAUCCGUGAAGGAAAGGUGUAGUAGUAGUACUACCAUGAAAUGGUGAAAGAAAAUUGAAAGUAGAGGUACCCUUUCCCGAACUGGGGGCUCUCUUCAUCCAUAUCCUCCACAGCUACAGUGCCAGACUAACCACAAUCCUGGCGUUUUUUUUUUGCAUUUCCAUUUCCACAAUUUCAACACCAAAAGCCAGAAGCGUCGGUCCGUGAGGGGCCGAUGUAACUGCACGGUGGCUGAGUUAGGAAUGCGGAAAAAGUUCCACAUUUGCCAUGAUUAUCCGAUGCCGUUUCACGUGCCGGAGAACGAAGAACGGGUGGCUAGUGCGGUCCUCUGGUCCGUCCAUAACAGACGCUCCUGUGUUUUUCGGAGCACUUCAGCUAGAGCGUGAGUAGAUUGGAGGGUUGGACGGCUAACCGUUUGUUUUUUUGUUGUUGGUUGAAUUUCUGCUACGGCUCCAACGGAAAGCCAUUGUCGGAGGUGAUGAUGGGGAAGAUGAUGAUGGUGGGCUAAAAAUUAAAACAAACGAUUUGCGAGCGACUCUCGCUUGCUCACCUUGCAUACUGGGGCGGCAGGCGGCCCUGGCUCGAGUGUUCUUAUCAGUGUACACGCCGUCUGUGGAUGGUUUGUGGAAAAUUAAAGAGCAACCUUCAUCCUGCCUGUGUAAAACUCUCCAACUGUUUCGCCUCUGUACGUCUGUGUUUGCUUUAAGCAAUUUUCACAUUGUUUGGGCAGAGCGUGUGUUCUCUGGUGGUGGACCAACUUUGGCCCCACACACACACACACACAUACACAACACAAAUAAUGAGCAGAAAUUUGGCAACGUACCACAGCGUGCAGACCACAUCGAGCAUCGAGCUACCGUCGGGCACAUUUUGCAUUCUCCAAAUUCAUAACCUGGCAGGAGGUUUUGUGGGGAGCUUUUCCGGGAUAGGGGCAGGGCCCGGGACUUUUACUUUCAAUUCUCUACCCAAACGCUCGCAUACCGCGUCUGCUGCUAUGUCGGAAUGUACGAAUGUUUGUCCAAAGCCUGGUAAACUGGACCGAGACUUUUGGGGGAUUUUUUGUUGUUGUGGCGUGUGUUUUCGAGGGGAAAAGGUAUGACGCGGUCCUUUUUUGGAAAAUGGCUGUACAAAUUAUGGAUUUCCACAUUCAUUGUUUUUUUUUGCUGAUAUGGUCUUGGUGGGCUGGACUGUAAUCGUGGUGGCAAAGUCGGUGGGGUAGCAAAAAGGAUAAUAAAACAAAUGGAGCAGCACCACGUGUACGUGGUGGAGUCUCGAGUGGAUUGGUCUGGCCGGGCGCUCUGUGUUGUGGAUGUUCCAUUUGCGUUCUCCCCGCAUAGCUCACGUUACAUGAAUCUGUAAUUACCGUUGGCAGACUGCCCCAGAGAGUGUGUGUGUGUGUGCGGCGCGAAAGUCUGUAUCCUUAGCUAAGGUGGCGGGAUUGGUCUGGUCGAUUACCUCUUUGCCUGCGAUGGUUUGGUGGCCACCUGUGCACAAAGGUGUGCACUCGUGGAUCGAGGGAAUGUAUGUACGUACGGGCCCGACACGUGCGCGAAUGUUUUCGCGUGAUGUAUCGUGUACUUUGAAUUCCCAUAACACCAGAGCGCUUUUUCGGAGGAGCCUGCAAGAGUGAGAAAUUCUACACACAAGCACAUACACACGGAGAUACAUUUCACUGGCAUCUCUUGUAGUGGUUAUGAAUGGUACGCGGCCUGGUGGCCCUUUCUGGUUCAACGCACGCAGGAAAAUUCGCCGAGACGAGACGAGACGGCGGCUUUCUGGGGAAAACUGGCACACCGUGAUUAUUACUGGUCUCUGGCGGGCAGGAAGCUGUUGGCGAGAAGAUAAACAUUAACAGCACAUUGAACACACACACACACACUCAGCGGCUUUGGUUGGAAGUUGUUAGAUCGCUUUUCCCCCCUUUUGUUGAACCGUUUUGCUGGUGAAGAGCUUCACGCGUUUUUGUUUUGUUUCACGCUGCCUUGUGAAGGGAUUGUGGAUACUAAAGCUUUUCGAUGUACUGUGAAAGCCCACGCCGAGCCGGUGUCUACCUGGGCGUUGGAACGCUCCUAGUGAAAGAGUUUAACUUUGAUCGUGCUGGGUGAAAUGAUGCCGCCAUCGCAAGCGGGUCUGGGAAGUAGAAAAAGGGAGUCAUUUGUUGUGGGUUUUUUUUGUGUGUGUCGUUAUUCUGGUUCUGGUUUCAGCCGUUUGAAACGUUAAUAAUGGGCGUGCUGAAACUUGGCGACUGGCAGGAUGCCACUUGUACGCCGGCGAUUGUUGGGCAUUGUUCGCUGGAAUGAACUCCGCCAACGAUGAAAAGUGUCUCGUUUGCAAAUGGAUGGAAAUUACCGGCCAAAGGGUAAGAUUUGCAUGAGGUUGGUAAUAGUUGUUCCGAUGCAUAGAACUGAGCUAUUAGAGAAACUAAGCUAAGUAUUGAUUGUACUCAAUCUUGGAUUCAUUUGAGUAAACAGUUUGAGUUCUUUACGUAGAGUUUGAAGAACUCUGUUCUAAUGUUGGGCAAAAUACAGCAGAUGCUAAUGUGUUUUUAUAAACAAACUUUUUACUGAAUUUGAAGUCAUCUCGGCAGAACAGUGAGACAUAAGCAUGACAUAAAAUACAAAGAAUGAUCAGACAUCUCUAUCAUUUCCUGCAUGCUUAGGACUUACAGAGGCUAUAUGAAGUAUCUGUUACAAAAGUUUGAGCUCUUUACAAAUACUUUCAAAUUUAUUUUUUACUUGUGAACAUCGGAAAAGAGUCGCUUUUGAAUCCUUAGAUAUCAAUCUCCAAUGUCUACUUCCUACUCCGGUUCGACAUAAUGACACAAGCCAAAUUAAAAAGGCUUUUAGCAACAUUAUCUACAAGUGCCAAGUUCUGCUCUGUUUUGUGCCAAGAAUGUAUGUUUAACUCUCAACGACGUAGCGAGACAACUACCUUAAGCCAUCACAACUGUGUUCUGUCUUAGGUUACAAAAGAUUUAAGCAUUCGCGUGGAUUCAAAUUCAAACGAAUAGAAAUCUAUUGAAUAACUCAAGAGUCGACUUUUGAACCUCAUCAAAAGGCUUCUUCACAGAAAGUUAGUUCAGAUUAUUGUCCAUGAACGCUUAUGAUACAGUCGUGAGUAUCAAAUUGAGCUCAAUUACGAUUAAACUUACUGACAUUGAAUAUUUGAUGCAAAUGAUACAACAGAGCAACACAAAGCAAAGCGUCCAUGUCUGACAUCACACAAGAGCAAAUGUUCUGUCCAUCCGCCGUCUAAUGCGCAAGGAUCAUGAGGCGAUAAUUUAGUCAAGCGAAAUUGUGCUUUCAAAUGAGCUGUUAAACAAAUUUCGCUUCCAACACUAACCGGCGGAGAGGAGUGUGUGAUAUGUAAAUUGGAAAAAAUGCCUCCCAGCAUCGAUCCACACUCACGAGUGUGUGUGUGUGUGCGGCUGGGGAUGUAAUGUAAUAAACUCAUCGAAUACUUUCACUGGCACUUUUUCCUUGUUCCAACCAUGUGGCUGGGUGGGUAGAGGUGUAGAGAAAUUGUUGAAAUGUUUCCUAUCACUUACCACACACGCUGGUUGGGCAUGUGCUCGCGAACUCACUCGAGGCUGUAAGUGAAACGGACGAGUUUUCCGUAAUUUUUACCGCAAGCUCAACACGUCCCGGCACGGGUCUUGCUGCUGUCACCUGCUGUUGUCGUAAUCAUGCUCGACCUGCUUUCGGAGAUCCUAGUGACCGAGAGAGAGAGAGGGAGAGAGGAAGCGAGAUACUCCAACGAGAGUAGCUGUAGUCAAAAUGUUUGAUUAGAUUAACAGGUAAUUGAGUGCAGCUGGGUGGAGUUUGUGUGUGCUGGUUGUGUAGCAGCCACCCCGGUUUGGCUUGUCAAAUUGCUUGAGAAAGAGCGAACAUAUUUGUGACGGGAUAGAACGCAAAAUCAACCAAUCAGUAGGGUAGCAGGGGCUCGGUUUACACCGGUAAAAAGUUUUCAGCAAUAGGAAAACUCUGGAGAAACCGAUCCCUUUUUCCUUCCGGUGGGGUGGUUGGGGACGGAUAAAAAGUUUUACUCGGCGGAAUUUUUGUUGUUACACGAUCCCUCUUUUGUUUUGAAAAUUCUCGUAGACAGCUUAUUGCUCCAUCGCUAUCCAUUUCUACGCAAUGGCAUAUGAGCUGUGAGCGAAACGCAGGGCACGGCCUCUUCGCUUACCACCUGGAAGGGUGGAAUUAUUUCCAUGGAAAAGCUUCGAGAAAGGUUCUGAAGAAAAUGGCAAACACAAAAAACAACUGCUACCACAUUACUUUACAGCCCACAUCCUAAUCAGCUAAUCGGUCGGCAUGGAAUGAUGAGAGCCGGCGCACAAAUUAGCGGAAGUGAAUAUUUUGAUAAAAUCAUCCGCGCGGCGUCUGAGUGUGCAGGAGAAAACCCCCGCUGUCGCCCGGUACAUAUUUGCGUACGGAGACGCACGAUGGUUUGGGGGAAUGUUCGAGUGCCACGCGAAGGUAUUUUCCUUCACGAAACAGACAAGGUAGACAGAGAGAGAGAGAGAGAGAGAGAAAGCAGAGCAAACAGUUAAGAGAGUGUAGUAAUUAGGAUAAAUUAUGUAAAUGUGGAUAAACUCGGAGCUCAAGUUAUUAUUUUAUUUAUCUUAUCCGUACUCCCGACCGCAUCGAAUUAGUCGCCCAUCAAUGGGGCACGGGCACAUGGGACGGCUGCUAAAAACGGAGGGUUGGAGAGGGAGGAUGCAUUCAGCGGGCGAAAGUGGCUAGCCGGGCUUUAUCAUUUGGCUGCCAUUAGGCCGCCAGAAGGGAAGGAGGGGUAGAGCAGAGUUGAAGGGAUGAUCCAUCCUUGAAAAGAAAGUAAAAGUGAUGAAUAUUCAUAAGCUCCCGCGUCUUUGGUUCUGCACUCUCUCCGGCUAACGGUAGCAGGGAUGCCAUGAAAGGUUAUCUUUUAGUCCGGAAAGGUGUUUCUUAGCUGGUGAAAACUGUUUCGUUGAUUCAAGUUUUCCAAAGUUCCAACGAGGUAGAAGCGUCGGCUCGAAUGGGCGGAAACAGUUGUGUUGCGCUUGUGUUUUAAUCUACUUUUAACUGAAAUAAAGGAGCCAACUGUUUGGGAACGUGAACGCGAAGCGAGAAGUGUAAUUAAAUAAAGAUAUAAACAUAGCAAGAAAAGUAAACACCUUAACAAAGCAAACAUUAAACUCAUCAAUACAAAUACAAAAAAGACUUGAAACUGUGGGCUGAACUGGAAAGGAUGUACAGUGAACUGAAGCAAAUAGUACUGAACGGAGAAAGAGUAAAGAGGCAAGAAAAACGUUUUGUAAAAAAAAAGAGAACGAAAAAGAUACAUUAAACUAACAAAUAAAGCUUCCCGAAAGCGUUGAUUGGAAAAAAAAUAGAAAAGUCAAACCUUGUGGUAGGGUAGAGUCAAACAGUGUAGUGAAAGUUUAAGAAAGCAUUUUUAGUUUACGAUAAAAUAGCAUAAAAGAAAGUAAAUCACCAUGAAUAUGUUAACCAAAGUGGUAACAAAGGGGAGUAAAAUAAAUACUAACAUAAUGCCAGUACGAAAGGUGACGUGUCGCCAAAUAGCCAAAUAAACGUAAGAAUCGAAACGAAACAAAACAAAAACAUCAGCAAAAAUAUCAAUAUAUCAGACAACACAAUUGAUAAGUGGUAUAAGUGUGCGUGUGCGUGUGUGUGUGUGAGUGUGCAAACGAAAGUAAACGGAACCGAUCCGAACCUGGAAUACAAUCUUGUACGCAGUUGCAGUUUAUAAGGCGUAUAAAAAAGUGACUAACAAAAUUGUAAUAAUCGUAGCGAUAGGAGGUGUAAGUGCUAGCAAUAAAAUUGAUAAUAUCAUGUUUGAAAUUGAAA